AACGGAUUCAGUUAUAAGUAACAUCUUGAUAACACUUAGCUUAUGGCUAUUGAUGACGAAUUGACAAUCAUGAAUUAUUCGAUCCUGUAGGUCGCUAAAACACAAAAAUACAGCUAUGCUAUUCCACAAAAAAAUAAAAAUAAAAAAAUGAUCUAAGUACUUCAACUUGAUGCUUGCUUGGUAACAUCGCUAUCUUCUAUUUGAUGUUCAGUCACUUGUUUACUUUUAAACUUCCCAACAGCUGUCGGAAAAUGCUGAAAAGCUUCUGUCCGGAGAAGUCAAUUGCGAACACCUUACUAGUGUCCUCAAGCCCACAGGAUGUCGACCAUGUGCUGCUAUCUGUGUCCACAUUCUUCGCAUCAAAAAGCUUAUUUCCAUAAAUACCAUCACUUUUGUCCAUGUUUUCACCCACAUCAUUUACUUCGGUUUCCUGUUUUGCGUCUUUCGGAUCUUCACCCAACACUGGCUCCUCCAUCACUACUUCCCCUGCUUUAGAUUUCUGCUUUGAAACCAUGGCAUCAGCUUGGCCAAUGCCAUAAAACUUCAGUCCCUCGAAUUCAGUUGCAGUGGCCUUACUAUCCUCAAACCCAGUAGACGUCGAUGGUCUGCUUUUCGUGCCUUCAUUCUUCACAUCAAGAAGCUGGUCUUACUUUUUUGAGAGCAAAUGGCUAGAUUUGUGAACAAGGUGGCCAGUAGUGUGAGAACGGCCAUGAGAAAUCCUCUGAUUAGAGAAAAAGAAGCGACAAUUUGGAACCAGGAUCUGAUGGAGGUAAGUUGUGGCCAAAUAUCUAUGGCGGUAGUGAAGGGAAAUGACUCACUUGAAGACAUGAGUCGUGUUGAAGAUGAUAGGAUACAUGCUACGUUCAUCGGAGUCUAUGAUGGAUAUGGCCGGGACGUGGCUUCCAAAUUUGUUGCUCGUAUGCUAAUUCAGAACUUGAGAGAUCUUAUCCAAGAACAUGGUGGUAUGAGCCAAGAACUUUUGACCCAAGUCUUCGCUAAUGCAGAAAACAACAUGAGAUCAAUUGUAGUUAAUUCGUACCCGUUUGAACCAGCUUUUGCUGUGAGCGGGACGUGCUGUUUGGUGGGGGUCAUUUGGGGGGAUGUGCUAUUCCUUGCUCAUGUUGGUAAUUCCAGGGCUGUCAUGGGUCUGCGAUCACCUCAAGGUAGAUCCAUCAUUCCAGCUUGACAUCGGUUCAUGAUGUUGAUACAAAUGUGGAGGUCAGACAACAAGUUCUUGCUCAGUACCCAGGGGCAGUAACUCAAGGUUUCUAUGGUUGACAAGCCGUCGUCACACUAGUCAAAUAUUAAUUACCUACUUAAUACAAUUACUAGUAGUAAAGAAGGGUUGAUUUCACAGAGAAGGUUACCAAGUACCGG